AUGGCGUCUUCUAUGGCAGACCUCAUCGCCUCCCUCCCGGAUGGCGAUGGCUGGGGCCCUCCGACUACUACCGAGACGACCCUGAACGGAGUCCCAUAUGCGCCUUUCUCUAAGGGCGACAAGCUCGGUCGCAUGGCUGACUGGACCGCCGACAGCAAGGACGGGCGCGACGGCCGUGGUGGACGGAUGCAAUACAACCGUAACUACAGAGAUCAACAGGUCUACGGUGCUGGUACUGCCAGCCUCUUCUCGGCCCCUGUGGCCGAGGACGAGUCUUCAUUCUCCGUCGUUUCCAACGUUCGCGAUACCGGCAAGUCAAGAUACGGCCGCGGCGCCGUCUUCACAAGGGGAGGUCGGGGCCAGCGAGGCGCCAGGGGCGAUGCGCGCGGCGGACGUCAGACAUUCAACCGUACAGGUCGCCAGGGAGGACAGUAUGGUGGUGGCUAUGACAGCCGUGGCGGCGGCCGCAACAAUACCGGCGCCAGAGGGCGACGAUUCGGCUGGAAGGACUACGACAAGCCGGCUAGGAAUCGCGAUGCCAGCAUCAACAUCAAGGCUGACUGGAAGCUCCUGGAGGAGAUUGAUUUCAACCGCCUGGGCAAGCUUAACCUGGAGACUGACGAUGGCGAGGAUGUCGACUCGUACGGCUUCCUCUACUACUACGACCGCUCCUACGACAAGCCGGCUGUCAAGUCUGCUGAGAGGAAGCUCACUGCCCUCGACCGUGCUGCGUAUAACGUCACCACCUCAUCGGACCCUGUUAUCCAGGAACUAGCCGAGAAGGACGAGGCCACCAUCUUUGCCACAGACAGCGUCCUGUCCAUGCUGAUGUGCGCCCCCAGAUCAGUGUACUCGUGGGAUAUCGUCAUUGUCAGGCAAGGCAACAAGAUCUACCUUGACAAGCGGGACAACGCGGCUCUCGACAUGGUGACGGUCAACGAGAACGCCGCCGAUGCGCCCCUUGAGGCCUCAGAGGGCAGCAAGGAUGGCAUCAACCAACCCGGUGCUCUGGCUGAGGAGGCAACCUACAUCAACCACAACUUUGCUAAUCAGGUGGUUCUGGAGUCUGAUAGCUCAAAGGUGGACAUGCCCCACGAGAACCCCUUCUACAAUCCCGCAGAGGAGACAGCGCCGCCCGCAUCCAAGGCCUACAAGUACCGCCGAUUCGAUCUCUCUACCAACGAGGAAGAUCCUGUGUACCUUGUUGUGCGGACAGAGAUCGACGCCGUUCAGAAGAAUGCCAUCAACGGCGAGGACCAGUUCCUGACCGUCAGGGCUCUGAACGAGUUCGACAACAAGGCCCAGGGCUCCGGUGGCGCCCUGGACUGGCGGACGAAGCUCGUUUCUCAGCGUGGUGCCGUCGUCGCCACCGAGAUGAAGAACAACUCCGUCAAGCUGGCGCGCUGGACCGUCCAGAGCAUCCUGGCCAAGGCGGACGUCAUGAAGCUUGGCUUCGUGUCCCGUGUCAACCCCAAACUGAACGAUAAGCACGUCAUCUUGGGCGUCAUCGGCUGGAAGCCGCGCGACUUUGCCAACCAGAUGAACCUGUCGCUGUCCAACGGCUGGGGCAUCGUGCGCACCAUCGCCGACAUGUGUCUCAAGCGCGAGGACGGCAAGUACGUCCUGGUCAAGGACCCCAACAAGCAGAUCCUGCGCCUGUACGAGGUCCCUGCGGGCAGCUUCGAUGAUGACGACGAGGCGGAUGUUGUUGAAGUCGAGGAGGAAGGUGGCGAGGAGUAG